AUGCGUUGCUCGGCGUGCAAUUAUUACUCGUGGAGUUAUUUCAUCGCAUUUGGUGAAAUCUUCAUCUCGUUUCACAUUGCCCGAGCCUUCCUGCACUGUGCACGUUCGACGAGUGUUGCUCAGGAGCUGGCCUGCAAUGAUGUGGAGCCUAUCUUUGUGUUGCUUGUGCUGUACAAUUUACUAUCACUGCUGCUUAUCAUCGGUGUGACAAAGCGAAACGAAAAGUUACUACAGAUUUAUCAAACAUGCACAAUCACCCUGAAAGCAUCGGCCAUCGUACGCCGGAUAGUACUCAGCGCGACAGAGUACAACGAGAACAAUGUUGGCAAAACUAUCAUUGAGCUUAAAAUCAUCAUUGUCUUUACGCUGAUAUUCACCCUGGAGGCGCUCGUGGUCGCUGGUGCCUGCCGGAAGAUGCGUCGUGAACAACAGGAGCAGCUAUACUACAUCGAUGUAGUUUAGUAGCCGUGGCCAGAGAGUAAGCAUUGUAGAGCGCAUCCAGAUGGUAUGCUACCGCCCAUGGACCGGUCGCUUUUCCGUCCAUCUAUCGCUCCGUACUCAUCGCAUUAGGGUAGUGGACUAUUGCGAUUGCUGCCAAGAAGGUGUCGGUCGGUGAACGUUCAGUGUCCGGGACCGUUUCAAGUCAUUCCAUCCACUAGGAGUCAAGGGGUGGACUCGCGCAAUUAAACAUACAUACCUUACACACAUAUAUUUACAUUUUACAUUCGCGUUGUACGUGCUUCUUAGAGGAUUAUACAGCAGAGUGGUGGUAAAAGCAUUAAACAUACAUGCGUACAUUAAAAGAAUAAUAAGUAAACGACGUAACCCCGCAACGGAUCACACGUGCAGCGCACCACAUUCGCUACCAGUUGUGAUCGGGGCGAAUGAUGCGACUGUUUGCCCACUGUGUGCAUCCUUAUCCAGUGCUUUUUGUAAACCGAUUAGGACAAAUUCGAAUAGAGCGAAACAACAUCCAUAACACAACUAAAAAUUGUGCAAAACUCCCAAAGACAGAUUUAGA